AUGUCAUUUAAAGUCAUCAACGCUAUUCCCUACCAAUUCAAUAAAAGAACAACCGGGUUUAUCGAAUGUGGGCCAAUUCCUGGCAAUCCUGUUGAUAUCACAGCACUCACGGUAACUGUAUCACCAGAUCCUAUCGGUUCCAAUCAAGACGAAACAUUUACGAUUUCUGGAACCGCGAAAGAGGAUAUUUCCACAGAUGCCGAACUUUCGGUCACUUACAACACUAUCGAUGGCUUCGUUAUAGGCAUGCCCUUUUUCGUCAAAUUUUGUGCAGACGGCAACACUUGUCCGGUUAAAAAUGGAGACGAGUUUACUCGAACUGUUAUAGCUAAGGCGCCGACGUUACCCACGGCAUAUAAUGUGACAAUCAUAGUUAAUGAUAAUACAGUAAAUACAGGAGAGGUAAUAUUUGGCUGUGCAUCGGCCACAGUCAGUGCAUAA